CCCCCAGUAGCCUCCGCGCCGGCGCCGUCCGCCUUCAUCUACCUGCGGCGUGCAGGUAGCGCGGUGCACGCUGGAGCUGGUAGUCCCUGAGGAGGGGAAGGGCAGAGCAGCCCGUCCGUGUGCAGGGCUGAGCUGCGCGGGCCGAGGCGGGCGGCAUGGACAAGCUCAAGCGGGUGCUGAGCGGCCACGACGCGGAAGAGCCGAGCGGUCUGGCUGAGAUUAUUGAUGCAACUUCAUUAAGUUGGGGCACCAGAGUGAAAGGCUUCAUUGCUUGUUUUGCACUAGGAUGCCUCUUCUCGCUCUUGGGUAGUUGUCUGCUGUGGGUACCAGUGAAAGGGCUGCUGCUCUUUGCAGUGUUUUAUACGCUGGGGAAUAUUGCAUCUAUUGGGAGCACUCUUUUUCUUAUGGGACCAAUGGAACAAUUGAAAAGGAUGUUUGACCCUACGCGUUUGAUUGCUACUGUUGUUAUGCUAUUGUGUCUCAUACUAACACUAUGCUCUGCUUUCUGGCAUAAGGAAGGACUCGCGCUCCUUUUCUGCAUCUUACAGUUUUUUGCUUUGGCAUGGUACAGCAUUUCCUUCAUACCAUAUGCACGGGAUGCUGUGAAGAAAUGUAUUUCGGUCUGUCUGUCCUAACAGGAAUACUGGAUGCUUCACAAAGUUCUAGGAAGCACAGCAGAACUAUGUAAAGAUCACUGUGUAUGUAUUUUCCUACGUUUGUCUUAAAUAUGUGCCUUUUACCUUGUUGUUAGAAGCUCCUUGUGUUAAAUCCAGCUUAUGCAAUUGCUUGGUUUUCUGAGCGAUGGUGUCUGUAGGACAUGGUGCUAGUGAUCAAAUGAAGUUCAGUCUGGCAGAAGAACUGGGCAGAGAUCCAGAAUUUGAUAUGAUAAUUCUUAUGUAAAAUCAUGUGUUUGUUUGAUUUUGAAAAAGUAAUAUGUGAAGUCUGUAAAAUGGAGACCUGGACUCUGAUGGGACUAUGCCAGGCUAGAGGAUUUCUUUUUCAAGAAAACCAGUUGCCAACUGAUUUGUUAUGACAACUUGGGGUUUUUUUGAAGAGCCUUAUGUCACUCUCUGCACUGUUUGCCUUGGAUAAUGGAAUAUUGGUAUUCUUUUUUUUUUCCUUCCUCUCUUGCAAAAUUUUAGGUUUAUGAGACUUCUAAAAUACUUAAUUCUAAAUGAGAAGACUGUUUGGGAGUAAGUGUGAAAUAUUUGUAUUUUUAAAGAAGUAUUUUCACUUUAGACUGAUAAUGCUUCCUUAAAAUACAUGGAAGGGACAUUUUUCAUCUGUUAAAACUUGUUCCUUAGGAAAAGCACAUGCAAAAUAAGGUUAGAAUUUUUUCGGCCACCAGGAACCCAAGUUCUUUGACUUCCUUAGAGCUAAUGGCAAUAGAGACCCAGUAGGAAACUGAAUUUUUUCACAUGAAGCAAGGUGCUUUUCUUCUCCCUCAGCUGUAACGUAGAAGCAGUGCGAAGCUGAGGGCAUGAUACAUAAACUGAGAGAGAAUUUGUGGGAAGGCUUAGUUAAAUGCCCAAGAGAGACUGGGGAAUUAAAGAAUACUGAUACUAAUUUUCCCUGACUGGUCUACAACAAAUAUCUAAACUGAUGUGUGUCUUUUUUUAUCGGGUAGUAGAUUCAAAACCUAAUUUACAUCUGUCAGAAAACCCAUGUUAAUCUUUUAUUAGGACUUUGAUAAUGUUUACAGAAUUCCUUUGUAUAAGGGCAACUGAAAUGCAACCCUGAUGCCUUUUACAUUCCAAUCUUUCUUUAGUUUUAACAUCUCUGGGUGUUCCUGGAAAAUGCUAUGAGUAUAGCAUACAUUAUUUCUUUUUCCCCUCUCCAGGGAAAUUACAUUAACUCAGAUAAUCGUUCCAGGCUCAGCAGCAGUCAACAUAAUGGAAUUUGACUUCUCUUUUUGAAUACUUCAGAUUGUGCAGGAUUGUGGCACGCUGUCUCCCUAGCAGUUCCUCUAGAAGAACGCUAGAAUUGGGUAUGCUGAAGAUUAGUUUUUCAACUUGCAUGCUUGCUAACUGGAACCUUUUAGCUGACUGUUGUGAGCACAACCACUUACAAGGAAAUUUAGGAAACUACCUAGUGGCAGUGGGUAAACUUAAACGGAUUAUUCCCCCCCCGCCCCCAUAUCCUUUUUAAAGCUGUAAUUCCAGCUCUGCAGCCUUUUAUUCAGUAAGAGAGAAGAACAAAUCUUGACUUGAUUUUAGCCUCCACAUGAGGCUAAGCAAUUGUGCCCUUAAAGGAAGGGAACCCAAGGAGAGAUGCAAAGACAUAAGGAUCACUAGAGUGCCAGUAGGGCUUAAUUUGCCCUUUCAUGUUGUAUUCUGUUCUUGUGAAGGUCAGAUGGUAGGAGAGACUCACCAUGCUCUUGCCAAUAUGUGAAACAUACUCAGGGUUUGUUGCUUCAUCAACAAGCGGUUUUGAUUUAAAUUAUCUCCUCUAUCAGAACAAAACUCUUCACAUUCUUACUCACUUAAAUAGUUGUGUUCAGACUAUUGCCAAGAUUAGCAGCAAAAAAUGUUUCCACUUUGUUAAAAUACUUUUGUGUGAUUUUUACAUAAUCAGGGAGUAAACUAAUAUACGAAUGCUCCCUCUCAAUCACUUUAAAUCUGAAUUAGAUUAUACCAUUAUACCACAUUUUAUUUGUCUUAUUAAAACUACCUUGUGUUAAGUUUUGGUAUCAUCAGCUUUGGUUAUCUGCUUGACACAGUGCAUGGUGGGCAUUUCUGAAGCUCUCUCUAGCUUUCUAUCUCAAUGUCCUUCAAGGCAGGAAUGUUUGUUGUGUGCACUCUACUGCAAAUAGAGAUGUUUGUUUAAAUCACAAAGCUCCUUCCUUCCCAAAGUCCUUGCUCAGCUGCCUACAGCGCUUAACUCAAGGCUGACUUUCCUAAAGAAACUUUAUGAUGUUGGAUGCCCAUCUCGGCAGGGUUUGGUGUUCUACCAGGAAGCACUUUUCACCCAGCCUCACUGUUGGUCAACUUGGCUAUCCGCUUCUUUUUUACUUUUUGCGGUACAGAUAACGUAACCUUAACCGAGCAGCCUUAGCACACCGUUCUAGCAUGAAAUGUGCACAUCUGGGAUCAGCUGACUUUCCAGAUGUAGUCGAAAUGGACAUGGGGAGGGUGGUGGUCAUCUGUUCCCAAAGUACUGACAUUCUAUACAUUGAAAUGUAGGGAUUUUUCAUUAGUUCAAAGUUUUGCUGUUUUUUGCGAUGGAGUCCAUUGUGAAAGCUGGUACUGUCUGAGGUGGUGUGACAGUGAUGGCAACAAUUUCAUCCUGUUUAGUAUUUACAGUAAUAAGGUUGUUUAUGAGGAACAAAGGAAGAAAUUCCUGCACCAAGUUGAAACUGUUUUAAGAAACCAUGUUUCAAAAAAGCGUGUUAGGCUUUGUGUAUGAAUACUUACAAUGCAAGUUUGGAGGAGGACAGAGACUCUGCCAUGGGGUGGCUUCCAGCUCAGUGCAGGAUGACAGUCUACCUGUGGGUAGACUGCAGCUGGCAUUGCCAUGUAUUUGGAGGCUCAUGGCACUGUUGCUUACAUGCAGUUAGAAACUCAUGUUCUGGGAACUGCCUCAUGGAGCAGUGUGGGCACUUGAAGCCCAUCCCCUCGUGCUGUGUGCUAGAGAUUGAAAGAGCCUCUGAAUUUCUGAGAAUGGUUCUUGCUUAGUUUUGGUACUUAAUCACAGCAAUGAAAGUAAGAUCACUGUUAUUGUAUAUUCUCAAAUCUGAGGAGGAGGAUGACGAUAAACACCUUUGUCUUAAAUACGGAUGUUUACAACCAUACCAAAUACUGACCACGUAGAACAGAAAGCACAGAAAUGAUGGAUUUUCUUAAAACCACAAGCCUCACUGUAAUGUGACAACACUAAAUGUUUUUAACAGCUGUGGAAUUUUUUUGUGAAAUAAAAACCAAACUCUCAAAUUCUCUACAAAAUUUUGUACUGUUUGUACUGAUUCUGUUUGCUGUUACGCCUUUUCUAUGUAUUUACACUGUUUGAUUUUUGAUAAACUAUCUUUUUCCUAAUUUAAAACCUUCUCUGUAAUGAAGUGAAAGCUUUACUUACAAGUGCUGGGUUUUUUCCCUUUCAAUAAAGUUGUCAUUGCAUUAAAUGAAUUGUUCUUAUGGUUAAUGUGAAGUGUUUAAUGGUGCUGAUUCUGCAGAUGAUACUGGAAUUGCUGUGGGUUGGUUUAUUGGUUGGCUUCUUUGUUUUCUUGGUUUUUGGCUUUGUUGUUUAAAGUGAUGGUCUUGUGUACACAGCAAAGGAAGCGAGGGGAUCUGCAGAAGCACCACUGCAGCGCGGCUGUUUCACCCAGCAUGUGUCUAGCUCAACCAAAUGCUUACUGGCAUAUCUUCAUGCACAUAGACAACUGGUUGGCACAACUAGAUUUGUUAAGGUGGGGAUGAUAUUUUUAUUAUUUCUUAUUUAUUUUCCUCAAGAGUCAACCUAGAUGUGCCAACAAAAUAUUGGCUUAGUCCAUGCUACAGAGCAAAUAAUUCCUGAUGCUAUUCUGUCAGCAAAGGUGAGAGUUAUGAAGCAAUGUGCCUCUUUGUGGAAUAAACACACUGAACACUGAUGUACACUGGAAGUAAAAAGCCAGUGAGUUAUGAAUGUGUGUUAAAAGUAGAGUUA